AAAUAAUGCCUUCUCCCCUUGAUCAAGGUCAUCGGACAGGCGCAUUAGAACCACGUGGUAGAAGAUUCUGGCUGUUUUGACUUGCAGAUCCUGAUCUUUUUUUCGACCAAGUCAUUUAACAUGGCACGAGCAUUUAAAAGAUUCCUCCCCCUGUUCGACCGCAUCCUAGUGGAAAGAAAUAUGCCAGAAGUUCAAACAAAAGGCGGCAUCAUGAUUCCUGAAAAGGCACAAGGGAAAGUACAGCAGGCUACUGUUGUUGCUAUUGGGAAAGGAACAGUUACUGAGAAGGGGGACACCAUUCCAGUCAGUGUCCAAGUUGGUGAUAAGGUAUUGCUUCCAGAGUAUGGUGGAACAAAGCUGGUCUUGGAGGAAAAGGAAUAUUUUCUUUUCAGGGAUGGUGAUAUUCUUGGAAAAUUUGAAUCACAAUGAUUGUAUGCCCAGUUUGUGUUUUUUCUUGGAUGCCAGGAGUUGUGACAGAAACCAUUGUGUAAAAAAUAUAUAGCUAUCAAAAAUCAUGAAACAUAAAUCUACUUGUGGAUCAUUGCCAUUUUUGUGUGUGUACAUUUAUUAGUUUAAUAAACAGAGAAGUUAGUACCAACA